AUGGUUGACGAAAAGAAACCUUUAUUAGACGCUUCAGGAGCUGAUCAAUCCAAAGAAGAUCAAACCGCCACCGCUAUCUUAAGAAAGAAGAAGAAGGAUAAUGCUUUAUUAGUUGAUGAUGCUGUCAAUGAUGAUAACUCUGUUAUCGCAAUGACUUCAAACACCAUGGAUAAAUUACAAUUAUUUAGAGGUGAUACCGUCUUAGUUAAAGGUAAAAAGAGAAAAGAUACCGUUUUAAUUGUUCUUUUAGAUGAUGAUAUUGAUGAUGGUGCUGUUCGUAUUAACCGUGUUGUUCGUAAUAACUUGAGAGUUAGAUUAGGUGAUAUUGUUACUGUUCACCCAUUACCAGAUAUUAAAUAUGCUUCAAGAAUUUCAGUCUUACCAAUUGCCGAUACCGUUGAAGGUUUAACUGGUUCAUUAUUUGAAGUUUACUUAAAACCAUACUUUGUUGAAGCUUAUAGACCUGUUAGAAAAGGUGACCAUUUCGUUGUUCGUGGUGGUAUGAGACAAGUUGAAUUCAAAGUUGUUGAAGUCGAACCAUCUGAAUCAGCUAUUGUCGCUCAAGAUACAAUCAUUCACUGUGAAGGUGAACCAAUCAACAGAGAAGAUGAAGAAAACAACAUUAAUGAAGUUGGUUAUGAUGAUAUUGGUGGUUGUCGUAAACAAAUGGCUCAAAUUAGAGAAUUAGUUGAAUUACCAUUAAGACAUCCACAAUUAUUCAAGAGUAUUGGUAUCAAACCACCAAAAGGUAUUUUGAUGUAUGGUCCACCAGGUACUGGUAAAACUCUUAUGGCCAGAGCUGUUGCCAAUGAAACUGGUGCUUUCUUCUUCUUGAUUAACGGUCCAGAAGUUAUGUCUAAAAUGGCUGGUGAAUCAGAAUCAAACUUGAGAAAAGCUUUUGAAGAAGCUGAAAAGAAUGCCCCAGCUAUUAUUUUCAUUGAUGAAAUUGAUUCAAUUGCUCCAAAGAGAGACAAGACUAAUGGUGAAGUUGAAAGAAGAGUUGUUUCACAAUUAUUAACUUUAAUGGAUGGUAUGAAAGCUAGAUCAAACGUUGUUGUUAUCGCCGCUACCAAUCGUCCAAACUCUAUUGAUCCUGCCUUAAGAAGAUUCGGUAGAUUUGAUCGUGAAGUUGAUAUUGGUAUUCCAGAUGCCACUGGUAGAUUAGAAGUUUUGAGAAUCCAUACUAAAAACAUGAAAUUAGCAGAAGGUGUUGAUUUAGAAACCAUUGCUGCUGAAACACACGGUUACGUUGGUGCUGAUGUUGCUUCAUUAUGUUCAGAAGCCGCUAUGCAACAAAUUCGUGAAAAGAUGGAUUUAAUUGAUUUAGAUGAAGAAGAAAUUGAUGCUGAAAUCUUAGACUCAUUAGGUGUUACAAUGGACAAUUUCAGAUUUGCUCUUGGUAACUCUAACCCAUCUGCAUUACGUGAAACUGUUGUUGAAAAUGUUAAUGUUACUUGGGAUGAUAUUGGUGGUUUAGACCACGUUAAAGAUGAAUUGAAAGAAACUGUUGAAUACCCAGUCUUACACCCAGAUCAAUAUACCAAAUUCGGUUUGGCUCCAUCAAAAGGUGUGUUAUUCUUUGGUCCACCAGGUACUGGUAAAACUUUAUUAGCUAAAGCUGUUGCCACUGAAGUUUCAGCCAAUUUUAUCUCUGUUAAAGGUCCAGAAUUAUUAAGUAUGUACUUUGGUGAAUCUGAAUCAAACAUUCGUGAUAUUUUCGAUAAAGCUAGAGCUGCUGCCCCAACAGUUGUUUUCUUGGAUGAAUUAGAUUCUAUUGCUAAAGCUAGAGGUAACUCAAUGGGUGAUGCUGGUGGUGCUUCAGAUCGUGUUGUUAAUCAAUUGUUGACUGAAAUGGAUGGUAUGAAUGCCAAAAAGAAUGUCUUCGUUGUUGGUGCUACUAACAGACCUGAUCAAAUUGAUCCAGCUAUUUUAAGACCUGGUCGUUUAGAUCAAUUGAUUUACGUUCCAUUACCAGAUGAACCAGCUCGUUUAUCAAUCUUAAAUGCUCAAUUAAGAAAUACACCAUUAGAACCAGGUUUAGAUUUAUCACAAAUUGCUAAAACUACACAUGGUUUCUCAGGUGCUGAUUUAUCAUACAUUGUUCAAAGAUCAGCUAAAUUUGCUAUUAAAGAUUCCAUUGAAGCUCACAAACGUUCAAUUGCUGAAAAAGAAGCUGCUAAAGUUAAGACUGAAGGUGGUGAAGAUGUUGAAAUGAAGGAAGAAGCUGAAGAAGAAGAAGAAGAUUUAGUUCCAUAUAUCACCAGAGAACAUUUCGAAGAAGCUAUGAAGACUGCUAAACGUUCAGUUAGUGAUGCUGAAUUACGUCGUUAUGAAGCUUAUGCUCAACAAAUACAAGCUUCAAGAGGUCAAUACACAAACUUCAAAUUUGGUGAUUCAACUGGUGAUGGUCAAACCAUUCCACCAGCAAACCCAAAUGCAGGUGCUGCUAACUUUGGCUCUGCUGAAGAUGAAGAUGACUUAUACUCAUAG